AUGGGGGUCCUGCCGGGACAGACGUGUGACACCGUGACGAGUUCCCAAACUCCGGGCUCUUCUCUGGCCUGCGAGCGCGGUCCCACCUUGGGCGCCCCGGCUCCCCCCGAAGCCUCUGGGACAGCCUGCCAGUCACCGGCUGCCAGCUGGAGGGCGGAAGCAGCCACGCCCCGGGAGCCCGCGGUCCCCCACCCCCGGCCCGUGCCCUCGCCAGCAGCCGCGUUCGGCGCCCCGGGAUGCGCCGAUGGCCGCUGCCAGCCAAGCCCCUCGCGCGGCGGCUGGCCCGCGCGCCUGGCCCGGCUGCUGUCCGCUUCUGCACUACGAGGACGCCCCAAAAGGUCGAUCGUGUGGAGGAACCGGCGCCUGGGCGUCGAGUACGUGUCAUCGUGCAGAAGAGCUUCAGGAAGCGAGACGGGCCCCGAAAGCUCCGUCUUCACCAAGGUCAAGGGGACCACGUCGAAGCACAAAGUGUGGAGCGUGGAGGAGAUACGUCGCAAGCCCCCCGAGGGGGGCAGCGUGUUCAGCAUCAUCACCAGGAUCGAGGUCACCCCUUCCCAGGCCCUGGGAACCUGCCCGGAGAGCAUGAGGGUCCCCAACGCCACCUGCCACUCGGAUGAGGACUGCGUGGCUGGGGAACUGGACAUGCUGGGGAAUGGGCUGCGGACCGGGCGCUGCGUGCCCUACUACCAGGGCACCUCCAAGACCUGUGAGGUGUCCGGCUGGUGCCCCGUGGAAGAUGGAGCCUCCGUCAGCCAAUUUCUGGGUAAGAUGGCCCCCAACUUCACCAUCCUCAUCAAGAACAGCAUCCACUACCCCAAGUUCCGCUUCUCCAAGGGAAACAUUGCAGACCGCAAGGACGGGUACCUGAAGCACUGCUCCUUCGACGAGGGCUUAGAUCCCUACUGCCCCAUCUUCAGGCUGGGCUUCAUCGUGGAGCAGGCGGGGGAGAACUUCACGGAGCUCGCGCAUAAGGGUGGUGUCAUAGGUGUCAUCAUCAACUGGGACUGUGACUUGGACCUGGCUGCAGCCGCGUGCAACCCCAAGUACUCCUUCCGGAGGCUCGACCCCAAACACGUCCCUGCCUCCUCGGGCUACAACUUCAGGUUUGCCAAGUAUUACAAGACAAAUGGCACCACGACCCGCACGCUCAUCAAAGCCUACGGCAUCCGCAUUGACGUCAUCGUGCACGGACAGGCCGGGAAGUUCAGCCUGAUUCCCACCAUCAUCAAUCUGGCCACAGCUCUCACCUCCAUCGGGGUGGGCUCCUUCCUGUGUGACUGGAUCUUGCUAACAUUCAUGAACAAAAACAAGGUCUACAGCCAUAAGAAAUUUGACAAGAUGGCGGAUACUCUUGGACAGAGUACAGGACAAAGCCUUCCUGCCUCCGAGCUUCCCCGCCAGGACUCCAUGCCCCCGGACCCCAAAGGUUUAGCCCAACUCUGAGCCUUCCGUCCUCCCCAUCAUGCCGCGCUGCAGACCUGGGCCCAUAGACAAGGCCCCUGAUGGCCUGGCUGCCCCACUGGGGACCCUGCAUCGGCACCGCAGCAGCCCAGCGUCUCCAUGAGACUGGGAACCAGAGGCUGCCACC